AUGUUGCACCUUAUUGCUGAAACCGCGUCAGGGUACAGCGGAGGGGAGCACGGCAUGUUGAGUACUGAGCGUCUUGUUCUCGAGAUGGGUCUGAUGGAUAUGAAGUCUGCUCCGCUCCAUUUGACAGAAAAGCUGAAAAAAAAGUCCGAUGUGGAUGUUACUGCACCGCCAUCUGGAGAGUCUGACAGCGUUGUUGGGCAGACCAAGCACCCCUUUCACGGCAAAGAGAAGGCUCAACGCGUCGUUGGAAGUGGCUUUCUCCAAGACGACAUCUUGUAUCACGUACUAAGCUUUAUGUCAUGGCGUUCUGUGCUGCAGAUGAGAGGCGUAAGCAAGCAGUUUCUUUCACUUUCAUUGUCUUUUGUGACGGUGUGCCGACUGCCUCACAGUGAAGCGCCCGUUCUUUUUAUUCCUUGUCACGAAGACCUCAUGGCGAAUGAGGCGAAAGUGGAAGCUGAGCUGUAUCCUACGCGUAGGCCGUGUGAAUUGUUAAAGUAUGGACCGUUGUCUGAUUCUCCGGCGAAUGUCAAAACAUGUGAGAGCCCAUUUUGUAGUGAACAGCGCAUUUUCAUUGGUCAGCUGCGCCGUGAUGGCACAGUACCGAUGAUUAAGUGGCUUUUACGGACGGUUUUGGAGAUACCUUCCGAGUUACUUGUUGCCGUAGAAAACCACCGAAACAGAACUUCUAAGCGGGGGAAGGGAUGCGUGUGGUUAACUUUGCGGGACGGUGCAGCCUCAGAGGUUAUUUCCUAUCACCAUCGUGUCUUCUUUGACAAAGUGCAUCACGUGGAAGGGGUUUGGCUGGUCCCGCCCAGAAGCAAAGAACAGCUCUUCGCCCUCGCCACUGCCCGAGGAAAUCUAGCAGGGAGGUCGAAGCAAUUGCCACGUGGCACAUUGGUUGUGGAAACGCCAAAUUCUGCGGCUUCCCCAGCUACGACGUCGGUGUCGUGGUCCACAGUCUCAACGACCCAUACUUCCAUGUCUCCAUCUCCGACUUCAUCUCCGUCGUCCCAAUUCCCAUUUCAAAGAUGGAAAAAUUGCCAGCAAUUGCGGGGGUUAUGGCGUCAUAAUCCCUAUUCCUUCACUUCUCCAAUUUCAUAUAUUCUCCCACCCUAA